CUAAUAAGCGGAGAUGUUGUUUGGUGCCAGACAAACCCACUCGUGGAAUAUGGAGAGGAAAGCGCAGUGUAGUUAAGAGAGAAAGGAGAAUAACAAAGAUCCAUCCAUGGCGGAGACAGCGAUCGCCGCAGUGCUCUCCAAGUUCGGUGAGCUCGCCGCGAAUGAGGCCAAGGUGCUGAUUCAGGUGGGCGAUGACAUGAUGCUGCUGCGAGACCGGCUGGAGUGGCUGCAGGCCUUCGUCCGGGACGCCGACCGCAAGCGCCGGGCCGGUACCGACGGGCUAACCUGCGUGUGGGUGCGCCAGACACGCGACGUGGCUUUCGAAGCGGAGGACGCGCUCGACCAAUUCUUCUACGAGGUUGACCUAAGAAGUCACGGUUACCCACGUUGGAAAUUUUGGCGUGCACAUUUGAUGGGCUUCGGUAACCAAAUUCUUGUCCGCCAUAGGUUAUCUAAUCAAAUCAAAAGAAUCAAGAGCAGACUCAACCAAAUCUCAGAAAAUCAAAGGGAAUAUAUGAUUGCGCAUACACCGUUAGCGGCAUUGACAUCUUCCACUAUAGCCAUUGCGGCCUGGUAA